AUGAUUGGUUGUGAUUCAGCUCUAAAUUGUAUUUUUAAAAUAGGUUGGGGUAGUCGGCUGUUUCUAUAUAAAGGUUAAAGUUUCCUAUUAUUUAUUUGCACAUUUCAAAGAAACCAAUUUUCUGAGUCUUUUAAAAGUUAAGCUUUAAAGGAUUAAGAGAUCUCUAUGGGUCGAAUCGGGAAGUUGAUCAUGUACCAAGACAUCAGUUCAUGUGGAGACAUGUUUCAUGAUCUUCUUAGAUACAGACCCCAUGAUAUCGCUUCCAUUUCUCCUGAUAAGGUUCAUGGUUGCGAUAUCGUUGAUGGUCAACCAGGAGUUGUUGGCUCCGUCUUCUGCUGGAACUAUACCAUCGAUGGAAAAAAGCAAACUACAAAGACGAAAAUCGAAGAAAUUGACGAGACAAAUCACAAAAUGGUGUUCAACACAAUUGAAGGAGAUCUUCUAGGAGACUUAUACAAGUCCUUUAAGAUCAUGUUUCAUGUUGAACCACAUGGAGAUGGCAGACAGUUGGCUACUUGGACCUUUGAGUUUGAGAAGCUGAACACAAGUGUGCCCUAUCCAACUAACUUCAUGGACUAUUUAUUGGCUGUUACUAGAGACAUGGAUGCCCAUAACACUAAUCAAUAGAUGAUAUGCAAGUUCAGGUUCGAAACAAGAGGGGGAUUCACUGUCAGCAUUUAGUUGAUUUAAAUAAGAAAUGAAUAAAACAACUUGAAGAAUAAAGCAGUGGUAGCUAGAUAUGGCUACUUAACUGGAACAUGUAUGCUUGUUUCUUCCCAUGAUUCGUAAGUGUAUGUUUCAAGUUACCUAGGGUUUAUAUUGUUUGUAUUUGGAUGUCCUCUAAGGUCCAGGAGUGAUUGUAAUAUGAUUGUAGUAAGUUUGU